CAUGGAUUGGUCAACUGUCACAGGCCGGGGGGUGAAAUCUGUGAAUGGCUCCACAACUGACUGAAAUGUGAAAUGGUUUCUCGGCACUUUAGCAAAUGUUUUUACUCGGUGUGACAUUUUUCAGGAGCGGACCGUAAAGGCGAAACGAUGGCGGACGCUGAAGCUGCUCGCGGUCCAGACCAGCUGAAUAAAUUCAGGAAACUGACAGGCAGGCCGCCGCACGGGGUGACGAUAGCAGGUCCACGUACUCCCCCUGCUCGCAGUGGGCAUCGCUGUGUCGCUGACAAUACUAACUUGUAUGUGUUUGGCGGAUACAACCCUGAUUAUGAAGAGUCAGGAGGCUCAGAUAAUGAGGACUAUCCACUGUUCAGGGAGCUUUGGAGGUACCACUUCGCCACAGGCUGCUGGCAGCAGAUCCGAACGGAGGGCUACAUGCCCACGGAACUGGCAUCUAUGUCAGCCGUUUUGCACGGCAACAACCUCCUGGUGUUCGGUGGUACUGGGAUCCCGUUUGGCGAAAAUAACGGCAACGAUGUUCACGUUUGUAACGUGAAGUACAAGCGUUGGUCGCUGCUCAACUGUCGAGGGAAGAAGCCCAACAGGAUCUAUGGACAGGCGAUGGUCAUUAUAAAUGGCUUCCUUUACGUGUUUGGAGGGACAACAGGUUAUAUCUACAGCACAGACCUACACAGGCUGGACCUGACCACCAGGGAAUGGAUUCACCUCAAGCCCAACAACCCUCCCAACGACCUGCCUGAGGAACGGUACAGACAUGAAAUAGCACAUGAUGGACAGAGGAUUUAUAUUCUGGGAGGAGGAACUUCCUGGACAUCUUAUCCUUUGGAUAAGAUACACGCUUACAAUCUGGAGACCAAUUCCUGGGAGGAGAUUACAACUAAACCUCAUGAAAAAAUAGGAUAUCCUGCUCCCAGGAGGUGCCAUAGCUGUGUGCAAAUACGCAAUGAUGUAUUUAUCUGUGGAGGCUACAAUGGGGAACUGAUAUUAGCGGAUCUGUGGAAGAUCAACCUGCACACUUUCCAGUGGAGUAAACUACCAGCAGUGAUGCCUGAGCCAGCCUACUUUCACUGUGCUGCUGUUACCCCGGCUGGCUGCAUGUACAUCCACGGCGGCGUGGUGAACAUCCACGAGAACAAGAGAACUGGCUCUCUGUUCAAGAUCUGGUUGGCCGUGCCCAGCCUGCUGGAGCUAUGCUGGGAGAAGCUCCUCAAGGCCUUCCCCCAUCUGACUUCACUCCCCACAAUGCAGCUUCUCAACCUGGGCCUCACGCAGGAACUCAUUGAGCGCUUGAAAUAGCCACAGAGGAGCCUGGACAGACGAAUGGAAUGGAAGGGCUGGGCUGGACAGCGAGGAGAUGAGGUCUGACAGAGCACAGUAUUAAAUGCACUCUCCCUCCCCCUGCCUAACGUAGCCCCGCCUUAAAACCAAAAACUAUGGGAUGCCUUUUUUUCUUUUCUUUUUCUUUUUUUUUUUUUGGUUUUGUUCUUUUUUUGUAGUUAGUUAACAGUGAUGAUGAAGAAAUUAUAUGUGGAAUGUUUUAUGGAUUUUACUCAACCCCAACCCCCCCCCCCCGUGCCACCAUCGUUCCUUACAUGAUGCCUUUGUGUCAAGCCAGGUGUGGAUGCUUGGCUUUCAUCCUCCAAACUGAAACAGUUCAUCUUGCCAUGUCACGAAGUCAAACACUGUCUACACUCGUUUCUUUCGAAAGUCUGCGUUCUCUGGUAAUUGUAAGGAUUCUGUGUGAAGGAAGAGUGCAUGUAUAUUUAUUGGAAGGACUAAAUCACUUUUGCUUCUGGAGAAGUUCUCACGAACUGACAUUGCUGUUUGCACAUUUGGUCUUGCAUACUUGUAGCCAUGUACCCUUUUAACAGAUUCUACAAGCAAAAGUUGUGGAAGAUGGUGGUUUUGCCGAAGAACCACAGCAGGGUUCUUUUGCACAUUUUAGCCAAUUUAAUGCAGUUAUCCCGUAUUGUUUUUCAUUUCUGACAGGUUGUGAUGUUUUUAGGCCUUUUAAAUGUUUUUGUGACUUUCUAGACAGCUGUUUUAUCUCUUCCCUAGGGUAUGGAAAUCAACACCGGGAGCAUGAAAGGGGGAAAUUAAUUAAUUAAUCUCUUAAAAUAAUUUUUAGAUUUGAACACGCAUGCUGUCUCCCUGGAAGGAAAAAAAAAACAUUAAAAGCUAAAUUAUUGCACACUUUAAAAGCAGUCAAGAAGGAUACAGUAUUUGCGGUAAAUUGCCUAAAACAUGCAGAGACGCUGUGUACAGAAGGGUUAAAAUGCUUGUCCCCUGUGUUUCCUGUAUUUUCCAUCAUAAAUUACGUUUCGGGGCUAGUCUGGGAAAAAAAAAGUCAUCCGUGCGAAAGGUAGAGGGAAGGUGGGUAGCUUCGAGGUAAUUUGUGUUCGCUUGCAGCUUUCAUUUGUUCCAAACCGUGCUACACAUCACUGUGAAUUUGGUGCUCUUUAAAACCUUUUAAUUUAAAUGCUUUUAUUUGAAUAAAGACUCGAUUCUGUUUAGACUUGGACAAUGUGACAGUGAUUUUGCACAAGGAGUUGCUUUAGUAGCAGUCUUUCGCAGGCAUUCGUUUAUACUGCAGUGCCUUUUUAAAACUUGUAAUGAGGUUCAAAUUUCACAAAUUUAGGCAGUAUAAGAUCUUUGCAUAGACAAAGUGAACAUUAUCAAUUUCAACCGAUCGUUGCAAUUAAUUAGUAGGUGUUGCUUUUCUUUUAUCUUGGCUUAAUGUAGACUUUGAGAACAGGAUGCAGCGUUUUGAGCAUACGGGUUAACAGCUCUGGAGGCGCUUAGUCGGCUUUAAGAGUUGAUGCUUAAUUUAACGGAUGCUGAAUAACGUUGCUCUUUCAAAUAUGAAGAAAUUGAUUUCACAAAUGCAUGAAUCUGCCUGCACUUCUUUACCCUGUCCUUUAAUUUCUGCUCUGCAUCCCAAUACUAAGUGGUGCAUGAUGUCACGACCUGCUUUUUAUAUUAUCCAGCCUUUACUUUCAGUUUCACAGGUGACCUCUGAAAUGUUGUACGAGUGUCGUGUUGGAGAUCUGUCAAUAAAAAUUCUGUAAAUAGC